CACCACCCCGACUGAUCUCAAAGCUCGCCGGGACAGAUGUGCUCCUUUUGAGAUGUUCUGGUUGCCAGCAGCUUCCAGCUGAAUCUGAUGGCGCCCAGGAUCGUUCUUCUGCUUUCCCUCGUUGGGCUCCUGAACAGGCUGGAGAGCAGAUCUCCUUCAGUGCAGGAGUGCUGUGAGGUCGGGAGGACCAAAGCAGAGCGAGAUGAAGACUGUGCCAUCCUUCCACCUUCCAUCUCCCACAUCUGCAGUAUUGCUCAGGAGCACUGCUGUCGGUCGGUGGCAGAAGUUAAAGCCUGUAACAGGGGCAUCUGGAUGGCCCGGGGUCGGGGGGCCUGCGAGAGGCCCUUCUUCACCGGACCCCCCUGGGAAACUCACAUCUCUAAGGUCUGCUGCGACUGCUGCACGCUCGGGCUGAAGGUGGCGUCGAUGGGUCCGGGCUGUGGGCUUCGGGGUCUGCAGCUGGGAGAGCGGUGCAGCAGCGUAGCUAAAAUGUGCUGCGAGGACGCCAAGGAGAUCAAACCCACUGCAGAAGAACCAAAACAUCUUCAAAUUUUUCCUACCAGAUCUCCGGAGGAAGCAGACACCUGCACAAACACCAGCUGUGCUCAGUUGUGUGUGGGUGAUGGAUUAUGUGGCUGCUUUGAAGGUUUUACGCUGAAAAACGAUGGAGUGAACUGUGAGGAUGUGGACGAGUGUACUCUGAGGAUCCAUAACUGUGGAGCAAACUUUGUCUGCGUGAACACCGCCGGUUCGUUCCACUGUCAGCCGAAGGAGGCGUGUGGACAAGGCUACACUCAGGAUGCUUCGGGCAGCUGCGUGGAUAUCAACGAGUGCGAGGCCUAUCCCAGCCACUGCCAGCAGGACCAGGCCUGCAUCAACACCAUGGGCUCGUACAUCUGUCACAGCAACACGGUCACCUGUCCAAGAGGGUACCGCCUGUCUGCUGACGGCACCAGCUGUGAAGACGUGGACGAGUGUCUUAACGGUAAAAAAUGUGGAAGCCACGCCUGCGUCAAUCUGGAGGGAACGUAUCGAUGCGAGUGCCGGCCCGGUUUCACUUUUAACACCGCCAACAAGCUGUGCCAAGGUACGGAACGAAWAUUUAACCUGGCGGAAACCGUGUUUUUUUGUUCAUUCUUUGUCCUCUUAUUAGAUAUUAACGAGUGCACACAUUACCCCCGACGACUCUGCGCYCAUAAGUGCGAGAACACAGCGGGGUCGUUUCAGUGCAGCUGCUCCUCGGGCUUUAAACUGGCGUACGACGGCAGGAACUGCGAGGACAUUGACGAAUGUGAAAGCAAACCCUGCAGCCAGGAGUGYACCAAUGUGUACGGGUCAUACCAGUGCUACUGCCACAGUGGGUACCAGCUGAGUGACGUCGACGGGAGAACAUGUGAAGAUAUCGACGAGUGCGAAAUGCCGAACGCCUGUUCCUACAACUGCGUCAACGCUCCUGGUGGGUUUAACUGCACCUGCCCACCCAGCGGCUACACGCUGGCCCAGGAUGGGUGGACCUGUGAAGACAUCGAUGAAUGCGCUGCAGGAACUCACACCUGUUCUGUCRUAGAGAACUGCUUCAACGUCCAGGGAGGGUUUCGUUGUUUCAACUUUGAGUGUCCCCCCAACUUUUCUCGUGCGACAAAGAGACCAACAGGAAGCACCUCAGAGGUUGUGCGAUGUGUUAAAUCCUGCCAACAGCAYGACACCAGCUGCGCUCUGGACCCCACCCACAUCAUCACCUCGACCGUCCUCUCCCUGCCAACUCUGAGAGAUUUGCACCAACCGGAAGAAAUAGUUUUACUGAGGACGGCAACUAAAAUAUCUCCUGCYCCAAACCAGCCUGACGUUCGCUUUGACUUCAUGGCUUCGAAAAAACAAGAAUGUUUCGAGUUGAUAAAAACGUUCCAGAAUGGAAUGAUUGUAGGUGUAAUCCGGCAGGUGAAACCUAUCGUGGGCCCCAGUGAGCUGGUGCUGAARGUCACCAUGAAGUACGUCCAGUUAGGUAUCGUCUUACAACAAAACAUCGUCGUCAUCCACGUCCUGAUCUCUGAAUUCUGGUUCUGAGAGAAGAAAAGACCUGCAAAUUUCAUCUCCAGUCUUGUGGAAAAAUAGAUAAAGCUCCAAAAAUGAGUGAAAUCUAUCCCAAGAGGGACAAACUGUAAAAGUCGCAUAAUUUUUUUUUUACUUUUAUUUAUUAUGUUAAAGAUGUAAAUAUUGAGCCAUAAACAGAAUAAAGUGAAAUUAUAACAAAUGAAGCGUUGAAUUAUCUGCUGUCAUUAUUGUUUUAAUGUCUGGUUUGUGUUGUGACAGAAUGAAAAACUUGAUAAAUGUUUGUUUUUGUGUUGUUUUGAUUUAACAUCACUGGUUGUCUUUUUGUGUUGACAGAUUGUUCUGACAUCUGUGAAUAAUAAAACGCUUGUGUCGA